AAUGAUGGAGGGGCAGUAACAAGAGUAUAAAUGCAUUUUGCUAUAGUAUGUUGUAAUAUUAAAUAAACACUUAAUUGUUUAUUAUGGUUUGUAAACACUGAGACUGGGGUAAGGACUCUGUGUGAGAGCAGAGUAACAGAGUGGCCUCUGAUGUCAGUGAUGACUGUAAGUCUCUGCAUGGCGUCUCAGGGCUGUGCGGACUGUAAGAACAUUAUCUUCUCUAAUCUUCUUUCCCUUCUGUUAUACACAGGUGGAGAAGUCAGAUGGAGCUGCAGAGAUAGAGAGAGAGAGAGAGAGAGAGAGAGAGAGAGAGAGAGAGGAAGAAUGAAACAUACCUUUUAUUUCAGGUGCUUUUAAAAUCGCGCCUCCGGAGCUCCUAUGAGCAUAAAGUGUCAUUGUUGUUGGUAGUGACGUAUGUGACUGUGUCAUAUCAGUGAGGACUGAACAAAACUAUCCUACCACUUUAACACAAGACAUGGAGGACCAAGACAUCCGCCAGCAGAAGCUUGACAAUCAGCGAACGCUUUUGAUCAAGAAGCAGCAGAAAAGACGAGCCAAUGCUCAGAUGAUGACGGCUAAUCAUGAAGCUCGGCCAAAGAGCCGCAAACAGAAAUCUGGGGCUGAAGACACAGCACUGCUGAUCAGCCAGUCUCAGAGCAACACCUCGCUAAACGAUCCGCUGCUGGAGCAGGCUCAUGAUAACGUGCUGGAAGAGAUUAAUCUGGGUGAAAUGAACAUCUCACCUCAGACAGCAGUGAUAUCAGAGGAAACCCCUUCACCUGUUCCACUCAUCAUUAAGACAAUUGACUUGCAUAUGGACAAUCAGCUCAGCCCUAAACACCCAGCAGACACACAGAGCCAAGCAGAGGGGAAAAAGCCCAAGAAAACAGGAGUGAAAAAAGCUCAGAUGAAACCACUCAAACCUGAUGAAGUGGGAGAAGGAGAUGAAAAGAAAGAGAAGAAAACAGUGAAGAAAAAAGAAAAGAAGAAUGACUCUAAGGAGAAACUAAAGAAAAUGGAGGGAGAUCCAACAAUUCAGAUUGAGUCAGUGGUGGAGUUCAACAUCACAGAGGAAAAGAAAGCUGAUGUAGAAAGUGAUGAGGAUGACAGAAAGGACUGGCCGACGAGCCCAGUGCCUCCAACACCAAAGAAAAAGCAAUAUUUCUCUGCCUCAAGGUGCCAUCUGAGUGACAGUGUGGAUGAGAACGAGGCUGAGGAGGAUGACAGGCAGAUUGUACAAACACAGAAAAAGCCCAAGAAAAGCACAAAGAAUGACUACAACCUUGCUUCACUGAACUCUAACUACAGGCCGUCCUCCUCAGAGAGUGACUGUUCAGACAUGGGAAAGGCUUCGCCAGUCUCUCUGGAGGAUUUGGAACAGUUUGCUCUUCGGCCUGCUCCGAGGGACAUAACUAUCCAGUGUCGGAUCACCAGAGACAGAAGAGGAAUAGAGAAAGGAAUCUACCCCACAUACUACCUCCACAUGGAGAAGGAGGAUGGGAAGAGGGUAUUUCUCAUGGCUGGCAGAAAAAGGAAGAAAAGCACAACGUCUAAUUAUCUGAUCUCCAUUGAUCCUACUGAUUUAUCCAGAGACACAACCAGCUACAUAGGCAAACUUAGGUCAAAUGUUUUAGGGACUAAAUUCACUGUGUACAAUAACGGAGAGAAUCCAGAGAGGAAAUCAUUUAUAAAGGAAUCUGAAUCACUUAGACAAGAGCUUGCAGCAAUAUGUUAUGAGAAAAAUAUACUGGGCUUUAAAGGCCCCAGAAAAAUGACAGUGAUCAUUCCUGGAAUGCACGAGAAUGAUGAACGAGUCAGUAUUCGUCCAAAAAGUGAGCUUGAAUCUCUGCUUACCCGUUAUGAAAAUGGAAACACUGAGAAUCUGGUGUGUCUGGUGAAUAAGUCUCCCAGCUGGAAUGAGCAGACUCAGUCUUAUGUGCUCAACUUCCAUGGCCGAGUUACGCAGGCGUCUGUGAAGAAUUUCCAGAUUGUUCAUCCAGAUAACGAGGAUUACAUUGUAAUGCAGUUCGGGAGAGUGGCGGAGGAUGUGUUCUCCAUGGACUUCAGCUUCCCCAUGUGUGCACUGCAAGCAUUUGCCAUCACUCUGUCCUCCUUUGAUGGGAAACUGGCUUGUGAAUGAACUUUUUAUAUACUAUAUUUAAUGAAUAUGUAUAUAUUACUUUUGGUGACGUAUGGCCUGUGGGGAACUUAAGGUGGAAGACCUCAAUAGUAGGAAUUUUCAGGCCUCACAGCAAUGAAGAAAAUAAGAUGUAACAUCUUCACCUGCUGUCAUCUGUAAUUAUCAAUACAGCGAAUAAUGUGUUCUGAGCAAGAAGUAGAGCAAGCUACAAGCAUGUUUGUACUUUCAUUUAUCUUUCUUACUUGAAUGUUUUUUUUUAAGUCAACUCAUUUCCUAAAGUGGCCACUUUCAAAAUCUCUGUAAAAGUAUAAAAAUCAUCAAUUAAAUAGUGCACUGCUUCUGCGUGUGUGUACUUUUAACUAUUUCAUUUUUAUUGGUUUAAAAUGAAUGAAAUAAAAUCUUCAUAUUUAGCACUACAUUUAACACUUGUCAUACAAGACGAAAUAAAAGUUGCA